AUGUGGGAAGUUCCUGGACCAAGUGCCUCAGACCACCGUAGAAUGGAUGGAGGAAAAACUGCUUAUGGAGCUGAUCUCAGCUACAACAGAAUCACAGAAAUUAAAGAAAAUGAUUUCCUCGGAAUGGAAAACCUUGAAAAACUAGAUAUAAGCUUCAACAGCGUAAAAGAAAUGGACAAAUACGCAUUUUUAACACUGGCAUCCCGAAAAGUUGGAAUAGUUUUCGACUAUAACAACUUGAAAUGUAAUUGUGAACUUAUGUCGAUACGGGAGAGCUUAAAAAAGGUGACAAGUUCAGAAGGUUAUAGUUCGGUUUUAUCGACAGUAGAAUGUGAGACGGCUAUGGGGCUUCAUUUACCUUUGGAUCAGGCCAAAUUUGGACCAUGUGCCGGUACAGAAAGGAGCAGAUCAGCCCAGGUCGCCAAAGAAAUGAGAAGGUAUAAAUUAAAAGUCCUAGGAUUAAGUGAGACACGAUGGAACGGCAGUGGCCAAACUAGGUUGGUCUCGGGAGAGACUGUCAUCUACUCAGGUCACGAGGACGAAGAUCAUGAACACACGCAAGGUGUAGCCAUAAUGAUGUCUCCAGAAGCAACAAAUGCUUUGAUUGCAUGGGAACCAGUCUCGCCACGACUCAUAGCAGCUCGUUUCAAUGCCAAGGGAAGGAAAACAACUUUAAUCCAGUGCUAUGCACCCACAAAUGCUGCAACAGAUGAAGAGAAAGAGGACUUCUACAGCGCCCUGCAGGCUCAAAUUGACAAAUCACCAAAAAGAGAUAUAAAGAUAGUAAUGGGAGACAUGAAUGCUAAAGUUGGAAAAGAAAAUAAAGAACGGGAGCUCACAAUGGGGAAAAAUGGAAUAGGCACAAUAAAUGAAAACGAGGAACUCUUUGCUGAUUUCUGCGCAUUUAAUGAUCUAAUUAUAGGAGGGGGGGCAAUUUUCUCUCAUAAAGAUAUACAAAAGACCACCUGGACGUCACCCGAAGGCAAAACAAAGAACCAAAUUGAUCACAUCACAGUUUCCAGAAAGUGGAGAAGAAGUUUAAUGGAUGUUAGGGCGAAACGAGGUGCAGAUGCAGCCUCAGACCACCAACUCGUGGUUGCAAUACUAAAAUUAAAACUAAAAUCCUACAGGGAUCGAGCUGAUAAACCGCACUUUAAAUUCAAUACAACAUAUCUUAGGUGUCCAAAAAUAAAGGAAGACUUUAACUGCGCAGUAAAAAAAGGGUAUGAAGCACUCUCCAACCUGGAAGAGGAAACAGUAGAGCAAAAAUGGCUAGGAAUACAGGAACUAUGGAAGUCAACAUGCACUGACAUAUUGGGGAGAAGAAAAAAUGAACCAAAAGAAUGGAUCACAACAGAGACAUGGGCCAAAAUUGAAUAUAGAAAAGAGAUAAAGCAGAAGAUUAGCAAAUGUAAGGAUGAAAAAGAGAAUAAACCUCAGAACACAUUAUUGUGA